GAAGAUACUUAAAUUAAUGGAACCGACAAUUCUAAAGCCCAAAGAAAGACCCAAUUGGCAGUACAGUUUUACGAUUUAUCGUCCCCCAACAACCGCCGUCGGUGAAUCGGCUCCCAAACCGAAACUCCGGCGAACCUAACCAAAAAAAUAAAGUGUACAUAGAGCCUGAGCUCAAUAUCAUCGUAUAUUCUCCACUUCCCGGUAAGGGAAUCUGGCGUCCGAUAUCUGGAAACGCUUAUUCCCUGCUCGAUCGAGGAGGCCAUCGGGGUUGGUUUUGCCUCGAUACGGACCGGUCCGGCUAUCUACUGCCUCCGCUCCAAUGGAUAUGAACCCCUUCCGGCUAUGUUCCGGCCUCAGAUUCCUAGGCUAUUUCAUGAUCGUCAUCGUUUUAGCAAUUGUAGCUGUCUCCUAUUACGCCGUUGUUAUUGUUACCUGGGGCCCUCACCUCCUCGACGGCGGCUCCCACUCCUUCUUCUCCUUCACCAUUCUCACUAUCUUUCAUAUCCUCCUUGUAUUGCUAUCAUGGAGCUACAUUAGGGUAAUCCUUCAGGACCCUGGUUCUGUUCCAGAAAACUGGAAAGUAGUACCAGAGCAGAGUGUAGAGGAGGGCUGUUCAGUGUCGUUGCCUGCUUAUGCAGGACCCGAGAAUUUGGCCUCUGCAUCAUCAUCAUCUUCAGGCACAGGAGAAAGAAGACAGGCUGUAGGAUUUUGCAGUCAUUGUCAAAAUGGCAAACCACCUCGCUGCCAUCACUGUUCUGUUUGCCAGAGAUGUGUUCUCAAGAUGGAUCACCACUGCUUAUGGGUUGUAAACUGCAUUGGGGCUUGGAACUACAAGUUUUUUCUUCUCUUUGUGAUUUACACAUUUUUGGAGACAACACUGGAUACUUUGGUGCUGCUGCCAAGUUUUAUAGAAUUCUUCAAAAAAUCCAAGCAUCACUCUUUCUCGCCAGGCAAUCUUGCUAUCAUUUUUCUGGCCUUUGUUUUAAAUCUAGCGUUUGCACUCAGCCUUCUUUGUUUCGUAGUUAUGCAUGCAUCUCUUGUCUCCAGCAACACCACUUCAGUGGAGGUUUAUGAAAAGAAAAGAAAUUUGCGAUGGAAGUAUGACCUGGGGUGGAAACAGAAUUUUGUGCAGGUUUUUGGGAGUAGCAAGGCAUUGUGGUUUUUGCCAUUAUUCUCAAAGAAAGAUUUGGAGAGCAUCCCUGCACUGAAUGGGUUGGAGUUCCCGGCACGCCCGGAUGUUGAAGAGUGAGAAUCUCAGAUCCAGCUAAGGUAACAUGCAUGCAGCAGAAGCUUGUUGUAUAAUUGUGUUUCUUGAUUUCGUCAAUGACUUGUUUGUUGUUUGUAUUUACACUUUCAUGUGUGUAUCUUGCAAGUUUGAAUAUGUAUAUUCUGUAAUCUGUAGUGUGUACUAUGAUAUAUGAUAAUGAUGUGUUUGUGGUUUGCCA